AUGAAAGUUCCGCCAACUCCUCCCAAUAAAACGGUGGUAAGAAAUUCUCGGACUAGGCUUGGUGCUGUAAAAUCAAAAGCACAGUCAAACCUCUCCGUUGUUUCUAAUGCGCCAAUAACAGCCAGUUCGUCUCAGACACCCUUACCGCCCUCACCACAUUCCCUGCGAACACAACCAUCUUCCAUCAAACAAUACUUUACUCCACAUAUGAUUCACUUAUGGUUAAAAAAUUUGGAGUCCAUAGUACAUCUUAAUGAAGCCUGGAAUAAAAAACUUAACGAAGAUUUCACCUCCUGGUACUGGAUUCUUCAUCGCGAGAAAAUAAAAAAUUCUCACCAGUCGUUGCCUAUCACAAAAGAAGAGUACUCUUUGAUAGCAUCAUAUAUUAAGACCUUUCCCUGUUCUACUAGUGUGAUCCAAGCAAUUAGCGCUAUUAUUUUUAGGCCACCGCAAGUUGUAAAAGAAAUUUAUGAUCGGAUCACGUUGGGUAAAAAGGAGCCUGAAGAAGAUACACAGUGGUUGGGAACUAUAUACAAACCAUUUAUCUCUAAAACUUUGGCUCGUCAUUAUGAAGAAUUAUUAAAUAUCGAAAAGAAUCUUAUUCAAUUUGAUUAUUCACUUGCUUUAUUGUGGGAUAAGAAUGUUUCGCCACCGCAAGCCUAUCAACCAUAUAGGGUGUAUAAUAAUAUUGAUGAUGAGGUUAUCCCGUAUUUGAAGUAUACUUUAGAAAAUCUGAUCAAUUGGAAGGUGAAAAGUCCUGAUGUUGAAUUUAAUUAUGGAUGUGAUUGCGAAGAUAAUUGUCAGGACAAAAAAUGUUCAUGUGCAGCCGAUAACGAAGAUGGCUAUCCAAUGAAAAAUGGAAGACUAAUUAGAUCAGAUAUCGGUCCGAUAUACGAAUGCAAUUCGAAUUGUAAAUGUAAUGAAACAUGCCCGUUUAGAGUCAUUCAAAAUAGUGUAAGAAAUAAUAGUAAUUUUGAGAUAUUUAAAACUCCGAACAAAGGUUGGGGAGUUAGGACUCUAGUAACAAUUAAAGAAGGGUCAUUUGUAAUGGAGCAUGUUGGUGAAAUACUUGAAUCAAGAACAGCAAAGUUAAGGGAGGUUUGUUAUGAUAAGUUGGACAUGUUGACAUAUUUUGACUUUGAUUUUGGGUUUGAUGAAAGCAAAAGAUCCAAUGUUCUUUGUGCGGAUUCAAAUUACUGGUGCAAUAUCAGUAGAUUUUUGAAUCACUCCUGCAAUCCUAAUCUGAUCACUAUUCCGUUCUUUGUAGAGUAUAAGGAUAUAAGAUUUCAGAGAGUGGCAUUUUUUGCACAAAGAAAUAUUCCGGCUUCAACUGAACUUACAUUCGAUUAUAAAAUUAAAAGUGAUGACUUUGAAUGUUUAUGUGGAUCAAGCCUUUGCAGGUACAACAAAGGUCCAUCAAAGACCAAUUACAAGAAAAGUAAACGUUCAAAGAUGGAAAUCGAUUAG